CAAAAUUUAUUUGGAAAAUACACAUUACAAUUUGGAAAACGUUUUGGUAAUAAUGUAAUCAAAUUAGUAUAUUUCCUAACCUUGCCAUAGGCAUGCGUUAGGGAAAUCUAUAAUUUAUUUAUUCCUAAAUGUGUUUAAAAAUGGCAGAUAUUGCACGGGAAUAUUUAGAAAAUUCAUUGGAAAAUGAAUAUAUUUUAAACAUGAACCAAGAAAGCAAUAGAAAUGAAAUAGAAACACAUGAUAAGAUUCAAGAAUCAGAGAGCAUUUUGACACAUUCCUCGUCGUAUGUGCUAGCCCGAAAUGACAGUCAACUCAGUGGUGAUGUGGAUCGCUGGAUAGGUGACUCUCCUACUGAAGUACCCUUACGUGGUAUCAGGCCUUCUGGUAUCCAGAGAUCAGCAUUAAUAUCUACACAAGACUCGCUCCUGAGUAACAGUUUCUGGUAUUUGGCUGCGUUGGUCCUCCCCAUAUUUAGUACUAAUACUUACUCCCAGUGGCAGUGUUCACCAAAUGCGAUUUAUAAUUCUGCUGGCUUACUAGUAGCACAAUUGGGACGACUUUGCAGCCAUAUUCGAUGUCAGUUGCGUCAUAUCUCCGAGAACACACAUGCUAGGGAUGUUUUUGCGACCGCAAUGGAUAUUAUACUAGUCGUUUAUGCAGUGGGUUUCCUUAUUCUAUCCAUGUAUCAGGCUUCAUUAAUCGGAUAAAUUUAUA